GCCUUCGAUCUUAUGGACCGUCUUGACUUUUCAUACUGCAGGUGAAAUAAAAGCUCACAGAAUUGUGUGUGACAGUAGUCUGAGCAAGGACAGAUUCGUGAUGGGUGACAGCAGGUGCAGUAACGGUGUCCAGCAGAAAGGCAAGAUGUUGUCAGAUGCGCAGCUCUUUGAUUUGGAGUUUGAAAAGUUGGUGUCUGAACUUACAGAGCAGGAUUUCACUGAUCCAGUUCUCACUGAUGCCCUCAACAGACUCAGAGAGGUGCUUCGGUACAAUGCUCCUGGAGGCAAGAGAAACCGAGGCUUGUCUGUGUUUGGUUCGCUACGGGAGCUGGUCUCUCCUUCUGAAGUGCCACCUGAUGAAGUUCACAGAGCCCUUUUGGUUGGGUGGUGCAUUGAACUGCUUCAGGCUUUUUUCUUGGUGUCUGAUGACAUUAUGGAUGCAUCCCUGACAAGAAGGGGUCAACCCUGUUGGUAUAAGAAGGAAGGUAUUGGUCUGGAUGCCAUUAAUGAUGCUUUUCUCCUGGAGGGGGUGAUCUACCGCCUUCUUCGCAGACAUUGCAGAGGACAGCGCUACUAUAUUCAUCUUCUUGAGCUUUUUACUGAGACUUCUUUCCAGACAGAGCUGGGUCAAGCUCUAGAUCUGAUGACAGCACCUCCACACAAAAUUGACCUUGAUCGCUUCACCAUGGAGAGGUACAAAGCCAUUGUGAAAUACAAAACCGCAUUCUACUCCUUUUAUCUCCCUGUGGCUGCAGCCAUGUACAUGGCAGGGAUUGGAAAUGAGACUGAACACAACAAUGCUAAAACAAUUUUACUU